AUGACUAACCGAGUUUUUCAUCUUUUAGUUGACGCUGGUAGCACCGAUGAUGACCUUGCAAGUGACGAAGACUACGAAGGUGAAUCUGAUAUUGAAUGUGACUUCGGAUUCGAAUGCAAUGUCGAAAUCUUGGAGUCCGAGGAAGAAGAUUCAGUCGAUGACUGGAGUAACGAAAAGAUAAAGUGCAAUAUACUUCCUUUUAGCAACACAACUGGUUUGAAAGUUGAGGAUAUAAAAGCAAAUGAGGCAAUGGACUAUUUCGAUAUCAUUUUUACAGAUAAUUUUCUAACAGAUCUUCUAAGGAAUAUGAACGAUCAAGCACUAAAGUUGUUUCAGCUCAAAGAUCCUGCGUUUGCUAGAAUGACUAAGUUGAAACCAUUCACAAUGAAUGAUUUGAGAGUAUUUUUGGCGUUGUACCUGCACAUGGGCAUAAUUCAGAUGCACGGAAUGAGUGACUAUUGGAACAAAGGCGAAAAGUUUGGACUUAAUUUUUUCACUAAACAUAUGGCACGCAAUUUAUUUUUGAGAAUGUGGCGAUGUAUUGAUUUUGAUCCAAAAGUUAAGGUUGGGGACUUUGAUAAACUUACUGAAUUAAUAAACAGUUUCAACAACAAUAUGGCCAUAGCAUAUCUACCAGAUAAAGUAUUAUGCAUUGAUAAGAGUCAAGCUGUUUGGAAAGAGACAAGCAUUCGUUGUAAAAAUAAAUCUCGUGAAAUGGUGAACAUUUAUCUGCUCUCUGACGAGAAUGGUUAUGUAUUGAAAAUCUAUGCAGGUACAGAAAAACAAGAGGUUGAUAAAAUUGCCAAAACCCUGCUUGCGGAAAGACUGGGAGUUGGACAUGCAGUUUACAUUGAAAACCCGUCGUUGAAAUUGGCUAAACAUUUAGUAUUGAAUAAUACGCACGUAACAGGUAUUUUGAGCCUCAAGCAAAACGAUUUACCAACAACUUUGAAUGAUGUAACGUUGAAUCCAAAUGAAAAACUGACACUUUAUUCAAAACAAGGGAUUUGCGCUACAAAAUGGCAAGGGCGGCAAACAGUUAUGGGAUUGUCAACGGAACACGACGACUCCUGUCAAAGUUAUACUACAAAAACAGGAAGCAAAUACAAACCGAAACUUCUCCUUGAGUAUGAUAAACACAUGACAGGUAUAGAAAAGCACCAUCAUUUCGUAUCGUAUUAUGGGGCUGUGUAUAAAAAUAAGAAGAUACAGUGGCAUAAGAAAUUGGGGUUACAUAUUUUAAAUAUUAUGUUCUGCAACGCUUAUAUCCUUUAUAACAAGUCUUCUAUCAAGCCUCAUGCAAUUCAGGAUUUCAGAUUAGCGCUAAUCGAUGCUUUGGUUUCUAAUAACAAAAACGUUAAGUUUAUUCCUGUAGCCGAGUCAUUUACUUUGCACACACCAUAUAAAUUACCGAGAGAUCCAAAAAGCAAUAGGAUCAAAAGGAAGAGGUGCGUAUAUUGCUGGACUACGACCAAUAAAAGGAUCGACACAGCUAGUUAUUGUCCUAAAUGUCCGAAUGCUCCAGGAUUGUGUCAGGGCAAAUGUUUUGAGGAAUUCCAUGCAAUGCAUAACUUAACAUAAGAAAUUGAUGUUAGAAUUAAUUUAGCUUCUUCCUCUUGUAUCUUAUACUGAUUGCCAUGGUAUUUGUGAUGGUGUGAUCUCAUUUUCUGAUCUGUAUGCGUGGUUAGAAAUACCAAGUAUGUACCUUUAAUGUCAAAUGUGAUUACAGCAUGAAAUGCAAUAAUCCUGACAAAAAUGUUUCGUUACGUUAUGUUGGAGGAAUACUACAUGUAGGUUAGUAUUAAUAGUAUAUGACUAGACUUCACCUUAAUA